AUGGAGACUCCCGGUCUCUCCAGCUCGCCUCAGGUAGACGAGAAGGCGACAGGAAGGAGAGUCGAGGAAAACGAGGGUCAGAAGUAUAGUCACCAUGAAGACGUUGCGCUGAAUUCCUACGCGGAUGAGGCCGGGGAGUCUGAAAACGCACAUCCCAUGACCUUUCGUCGAUUCAUGGGGUUUACCGCCAUGGCCUUUCUGUGGACGGGCAGUCAGAUUCCAGUAUACCUCUUCGGAGGCAUUCCACCGCAUAUUUAUGGUGAUAUUGGUGGGUCGGAUCGAUGGGUUUGGUUUGUUCUUGCAAAUCUGCUAGCACUGUCGGGAGUUUGCCCUUUCGUCGGGUCAUUGUCCGAUCUUAUCGGUCGUCGCUAUGUUGCUAUCAUUGGAGCUACUCUGGUUUGCAUUGGCAUGAUUGUGUGCAGUACCGCCAACACCAUGAAUGUGUUUAUUGGCGGAAUGGCGAUCGCAGGAGCAGGAGCAGGAGUCAACGAAUUAACAGCGCUGGCUGCUACCUCGGAAAUGGCGCCCACCAGCCAGCGAGGCAAAUAUGUCGCCGUGCUCAUCUUUACCAUUGUGCCAUUCUGUCCAUCCGUGCUAUGGGCUCAGCUUAUUUCGUCCCAUAGUGGGUGGCGUUACGUUGGUGCCUUCUGCGGUGCUUGGAGCGGCUUCGGCUUGCUCAUCACAACACUGUUCUACUUUCCCCCUCCUAGAGUCAACUCGGAAGGACUGGCCAGACGGGAUAUUCUCUCCCGAGUAGACUAUGUUGGUGGAUUCCUCAGCAUAGUUGGUUUGAUUCUAUUCAUGGCCGGCAUGCAAUGGGGCGGUUACCAGUAUGAGUGGACAUCAGCCCAUGUUCUUGUCCCACUUAUCCUUGGAUUCGUUAUUCUAGUCGCAUUUGGCUUUUGGGAAAUCUACGGAGCGAAAUACCCUAUUUUCCCGAGCCGUUUGAAGCAGGAACCUCGCACUCUGGGCCUAACGCUGGUCAUCACCUUCAUCUCCGGCGCCAACUUCUUCUCAGUUAUUAUGUUUUGGCCUACGCAGUCAUUCAACGUGUAUGGCCAUGAUCCCGUGGACGUCGGUGUUCGAAGCCUUCCCAUCGGGUUCGGUAUCAUGGGCGGUGCCUGCAUAGUCCUCUGGCUACUCAGUGUUCUUCGUGGACACAACAAGGAGCUGUUGAUCAUCAGCAGCAUCCUCAUGACAGCAGGCUGCGGCGCAAUGGCCGUCGGACGAAUCGACAACCUCUACCAACUCUGGGGCAUCCUCACCGUCGCCGGUCUCGGAAUCGGAGGCAUCGUAGUCCCAGCAUCCAUCAUGACCACCAUCAUAUGUCCAGACGACCUAAUCGCCACGAUCUCCGCCCUCACGCUCUCCAUCCGCGUCGUCGGCGGCAGCAUCGGCUACACAAUCUACUACAACGUAUUCAUCUCGAAAUUCAUCCCCAACGCAACGCACUACAUCGGCGGCGUGAUGGUCACAAAGCUCAACAUCACGGACCCCGUACUCAUCAAACACGCCAUCGAACUCACCGGCGCGUCGCUUCUCGACCAGCUCCACCACCUCCCGGGCAUCAACGGCAGCGAGGCGGCGUACGAGGCGGUCGUGGUGGCGGGGCAGAUCGCCUACGCAGAGAGCUAUAAGUGGGUUUAUUAUGCUAGUAUUGGGUUCGGGGGCGUGUCCAUCCUCGCGGCUUGCUUUUUGGGGAAUAUUGGCGAUUAUAUGGAUGAUCAUGUGGCGGUUGUUAUCCAUUGA